AUACAUGUACAGGCAUACAAACAUUCGCGAUACUACAUGCUUAAACGUCCAAUAAUGGUUAAAAACACACCCUGUAAACAGCCGCAAUAAUAUUCUGUCUAUUUUGGAUUUGUUUAUUAUUCGUCCCAUCCAGCCGUGUGACUGUUAUCCGGCGCCGAACGAUCACCCAUUUUGCGCUAUACUGCGCCACGAUUAUCAUAUACCGGCGCUAAAUCAGGAAGACGGUGUUUAUUUAUCGGGAUAUUCUGGGAGUAUAUGUCGCUGCGGCGUUCGUACGCCUGCCCACCCACAUUCUGGCUGCGACCGUAUAUUAUCGUUGACCCCAGACGCGUUCGGCUGGUGCGGCGGUUGUUACUCAACCGGAAGUGGACUAGUGCUGCAGUGCACCGCGUCGGGCUCGCUGGCGCUUGACCUGGACGUGCGCCGCGGUUGUUUGUGCAAAGACAUUUCCACUACACAACACUGUAUACGCAGAAUGCCGCGAUCGCGGUGUCCAUAAACGGUAUCGGCGUGUGACCGAGUGCCUAUCGGAUUACUGGAGCCAGCUAAUUUGCGUACUGGCCAUAUCGCGUCAAUUAAGCAGCACUUUUUUCCCGCCAUUGGAACACCGUGCAUUCGACUUUAUAUAACAUGCAAUCGCCGUCUGAUCAGGCUGGUUAACGUCGGGAAUCCAUAGAAUUUACACUCUCUAUAGAGAUUUAAUAAGUGAUUCGUAUUGUUUUUGCGGAAGGCGAGCGCGAUUAAUUGCGCGUAAUGCGAUGGCUGACUGGCGUAUCACGGAUCCGACAUUGUCGCUGUUGAUCUGCGCUGUUCUUUGUUGCCUAAUAAGACUGACAUUCGUCAGCGGCACACCACUUCCGGCGGCGGAGGAAGCCGUCAAUGGCAAGGCAACCGGCAGCAAUGGUAACGGCAACAACGGUAACGGUCACGAAGACCAUUGGUCGUCGCUAACGGAGACGCAGCAGUCUUUUUUACUGCACGCCUACUUCACCAGCGCGAUGCCGCAGGAGAUCAAGAGCUGUGAACGCAUCGAAGAAUGCCCCGUCGGCACACGCUGCGACAAAACCUGGAAGAUCUGCGUCCCCAAGGAGUCACCGCAUUUCCCGUCCACAGAUGGAAUGUGCGGGAAGCACAGCGACUGCAAGCCGAUGUACCACUGCGCCAAUAGCAAGUGCCUACUGACCGGUCCACUGGCCUGCAAGGCGCUGGACGAAUGCUUGACGAUCCCCGGCAUGGACUUCCACUGCGUGGAGAUACCGGAGCAGCUGCCGGGCAAACGAUGCUGGCGCAGAUGCCAGAGCAGUCGAGACUGUAUGGAAUGCGAGGAUCCCGUGCUCUUCCCUGACCUUUCGAUAGCCCACUCUUGUCGCGUACCGCUGCCGUUUCGCAACUCGGUGGUGUGCCACGAGGGCUACUGCAAGAAGAAGCUGCCAGGGCAAGAAUGAGCAAAUACACAGCGGACAGACAACAUAACAUACAUUAUGGCGCAUUAACAAUGACCUUUAAGUGUUUGUAUCUCUUGUUUGUAGGAUGCACGUACCCGAGUUACGCCGCUCGGUUCAGUUCAAGUUUUUGAUAUAGCUACUCUGCGCUUAUGACAUAUAAUUUGUAUUAAUUUAUAAAACAUGAAAGCGAAUUCUCGAAUGCAUAUGUGAGCUUAUUUAUAAAAAUAAGUGACCUUUAUGUAUCACCUAAGGUGUGUAGCACAUGAAGGACAAAUACUUUAUAAAUACUUUAAUAAUUACUCCACUGUACGUGCAACGUGUUCAUGAUUUUCGAUAUCUUUAUUCUGAUUAUGUUUAUAUUGUUCCAGCAUUAGCACAUAAUUAUGAAACGCGCGCGUGUGCUUCUGUACUUGUACGAAAAUACGUACUGUACGUAUAAGUUGAACAAGAUAACAAUGUUG